AUGUCCGAUCCAGUCCAUCCGGAUCAGGCAUCUCCUCCUGCUUCAGGAUCGAGGCCCCUCGGAUCGUCCUCUACGAUCCCAACGUCAGGUGUCGGAACCUCGACGCCUACCAGUACUGCAAUCCCAGACUCCUCCACCGUGCCGGUAACCGAGUUUGAUUGCUCGGCCGCGGUGGCAUCUGCCCAGAUGGGGGAAGACUGGUGGGUUUUCCAUCGCGAUCUCUCUGUCGCGACCCUCUCCAAUCCCCGCUCCGGACAGGACCUCCGCCGGCCAAAAUGUCCCAACUCCGGAUUCGAGUGA